AUGUCCGACUCAUGGGGUCACGAUCAGGUCGGCUCACAAUGUCAGAUGCCUCAAACAACACAUCGAGCACUUCAUACACCAUUUGCUUUAUUUGGUUUAGGAAGGUCACCAAAUUUUGUCGAUUACGUGCACAUUGGCUCUCCACGUAUGCCAUUGACGGGUGGUCUGUAUUACGGGAAUCAACAUUAUUACUUGAAACAAAUCGUGCCAAAUUCAAGACUGAUUGUUGUUCCACCUAAAGGUGAUGGGAUUCACUGGCAGAGUAGACUUUAUCUUACUCCUAGUCAGCUGAUAAAGCAGUCGCUGAUGGUAUUAAUAUCAGUCUGUAUGAUACUUUUAUUGGUGGUAGUAUUUUUGCAUUAUCGUGAAAGGCGUGCUGAUAAGCACGAACGACAGGCGCAGUCACAUCGAUUUCAUUUUGAUGCCAUGUAAUUUUAAUAUAACAUAAAUUGCGGAGGAGCUUUCAUUGAGUCUUUUCCACUAAUCAAUGGUUGCAUUGUGUUUCGAAAGUGUGAGGAUAAUGUCCAUCGAAAGCUGACUGGGUCUUUCAUGGCAG